CUCCCUCUCUCUCACACACAAAAAAAAAAACACUCUCUCUAAUUCUCUGACUCUCUCUCUCUCUGGCUCCGAGCCACCAUGUAUAACAAGCUCAGCACCCUGCUGUUAGUUCUCUUGUGUGCAGCUAAUUGCCACACAACCUUAUCACUCGACACAGAUGGCUUAUUACCGAACGGCAACUUCGAGUACGGCCCAAAGAAAUCAGACCUCAAAGGCACAGUAGUGACCCAGCCUAAUGCCAUUCCCAACUGGGAAGUCUCAGGCUACGUUGAGUACAUAAAAUCAGGGCAAAAACAAGGUGACAUGUUGCUGGUUGUGCCUGAGGGUGGUUUUGCAGUGAGGCUCGGCAAAGAGGCCUCGAUCAAGCAGAAGAUCAAGGUCACAAAAGGCAGGUUUUACUCUGUCACAUUCAGUGCAGCUCGAACGUGUGGACAGGAGGAGACAUUGAACCUCUCAAUCAACCCCAACCUUGAGAAGAAUGACUGGGGGAUCUUCCCCAUCCAGACCAUGUACAGCAGCAAUGGAUGGGAUUCUUAUGCAUGGGGUUUUAAUGCAGACUCUGAUGAGCUUGAGUUUAGGAUCCAUAACCCAGGUGCGGAGGAUGAUGCAGCUUGUGGCCCUCUUAUUGAUUCUGUUGCUUUGAAGGUCUUGGCUCCUCCUAAACGCACUAGAGCCAACUUGUUGAAAAAUGGCGACUUUGAAGAAGGGCCCUAUGUGUUCCCCAAUACAUCGUGGGGGGUCCUAAUCCCACCCCACAUAGAAGACGACCACAGCCCACUACCAGGCUGGAUAAUCGAAUCGCUCAAGGCCGUCAAGUACAUUGACUCAAAUCACUUCGCCGUCCCGGAGGGCCAAAGAGCCAUCGAGCUCGUCGCCGGCAAAGAAAGCGCCUUAGCCCAAGUCGUCUUCACCAAGCCCGGCCGCCUCUACGCCCUCACAUUUUCCGUCGGAGACUCCAAAAACUCCUGCGAAGGGUCGCUGGUCGUGGAGGCGUUUGCCGGCAAAGACACUCUCAAGGUCCCGUACGAGUCCAUGGGCAAAGGUGGGUUCAAGCGCGCGAGGCUCUUGUUCACUGCCGUGGAGACGCACACCAGGGUCAUGUUCCUCAGCUCCUUUUACACCAUGUCAGCUGACCACUCUGGGUCUCUGUGUGGUCCGGUGAUCGAUGACGUGAAGUUGCUCAGCGUUCGCAGACGAAGUGUUUGAUGAAAUGCCUGAGAGGGGAAUUUACGUGGUUGCUUUUGGUUUGUUAGCUGAUUAAAUUAUAUAUGUUUAUGUUAUACAGGGGGUUUUAUGGUUUUUUUAUUACUUUCUUGUAAUAGCGGAGGUAGAUGUUUAAUACGAGUUUGGUUAUAUGAGUUUU